AAGACGGGGAAACCCCAAAAUAGCUGCCAUCUUCGCAGCCGCAAUCGCCUCCUCCCUCCGUGUUCGAAAGAGAGCCUCUUGCCUUUGCCCUCUGCUACUUGCUCUGCUUUCAGCUUUCUUCCUAUAUUCUCUACAGAUUAACGCUACCCCUCUGCUAAGAAUAAUCGGGGUUGGAAAUUUUACGACUUCUACUUUGAGGGUCGCUUAAAAUUUUCAUGCAACCGGCGGUAUUCUCUUCAACAAGUUCCCGCCAGCUCUGCUUCCCACCAUGGAAAUCCGAUGAGUUCCCCCGAAAACCCAUUUCUCUGAAUCUCAUCAUCAAAUCCCCCUCCAAAACCUUGACUUUGACGCGCUCUCUCACCACCUCAAUCAACUAUGGACCCGAAGAAGGCGUCGACAACACCGGUCCCCCGGAACCCGGACCGAAAACAGGACCAAUUUCGCCUGCCAAGCUCCCCGUGGUGGUCCGGAAAUCGGGUCGGGUCUCCAGAUACACAUGGGAUGGGAGCCGCUUGAACUUGGAGAGCGUUGAUGGCGGCGGCGGUGGGGCGGCUAUGUGUUUCGAGGAUGGAUUCCGGCAACUGUUUCGGAUUUCCGGGUUAGCACUGAGAAAUGUGUUUAUUCCCAAACGUGUCACUGAGAAUUACAUGCAGUAUGUGAAAUGGAAGCUCUUGCACAGGGUUUUCAGCUCUGCUUUGCAGGUUCUUGCCACUCAGGCCAUGUUUAGGGCUAUAGGCAUAGGGUUUUCUCGAUCACUACCAUCAGCAGCUGCUUUCAACUGGGUAUUGAAGGACGGACUUGGUCGACUAAGUAGGUGCAUUUAUACCGCAAGCCUGGCAUCUGCAUUCGAUACGAAUUUGAAGAGGGUCAGGUUCUCGACAUCGGUUAUGUUCAGCCUGAGUAUUGGAGUUGAGAUGCUGACCCCUGUAUUUCCACAGUACUUCCUGCUUCUAGCUACUGUGGCUAAUAUUGCUAAACAAAUUAGCUUGGCCUGUUACUUGGCCACUAGUUCUGCUGUUCAUCGAAGUUUUGCAGUAGCGGGUAACCUUGGUGAAGUUUCUGCAAAGGCACAGAUACAAUCAGUGUGCUUUGACAGUCUUGGCCUCCUGCUUGCUGCAAUCUUGAACUUAUCAUUCAAGAACAACCCGAAACUGCUUACAAGUCUGCCUUUUUUAGUCUAUCCAUUUUUUGCUGCUGUUGAUGUCUUUGGAAUAUAUCAAGGGCUGAAGCAUGUCCAUCUGCAGACAUUAACUAAGGAUAGACUUGAAAUUAUCCUAGAUACGUGGAUUAGAUCAGGAUGUGUGCCUUCACCUGAAGAAGUCAGUAAAGAGGAAGGAGUCGGUAUCUUCAGAAGCAGAACAGGGAAGCAAUCAUGGCCCAUUAGAAUUGGUAGCCUAACCGUUGAUCAGCAGAUACCAAAACUUUCAAUGAUGGCAAUGCAGUCUUUAAAAAGUGAGGACUAUUACUUCAUUAGCGUGGAGAACAUCCGUGGUGGGCUAUUCCCACAAACCAGACAACCUGGUCUUUUCCUUUGUCUACGUGAAGGAGCUGGCACUGCUGAUGUGACGAAAGGUUUGUUGCAGGCAUGCUACAUACGUAGAGCACUGCUCUUGAGCAGUAGGUGGGUGAUUGCUGCUAUAGAGAGCUCCCCUUCAGACUUGGUUGUGAGGGAGUGGUGUAAGCUAUUGGAUGACACUAAGGUAGCAGCAGAGAGGAGUUUGAAUCUAUUAGAUGAUCAGAUGGCUGAACUCGGGUGGGCUCGCAAGAACAUAUUGCUCAGCUCAGGGGAACAAGCUAGGUACAGUUUUAUAGAUGACUGAAGCAAUACAUGAAAAAGAUCAUAAGUUUUUCACAUGGGGAUGAGUUUCGUCCAUUUCAGACCUGAAUCGAAUGACUUGAUAUAGGACUGGAUAGACGAUAAAGGAAAACUGAGGAACCAGAGUUGGAUGGAAAGUGUAUGUAGUCUGCUUUUCUGUUGCUUUUACUAUGGAAGACUGUUUCCUCGGAGGUAUGGAAUCAAACCCAGGUCCAUCACAGGUAAUUGGAGGCCUACCUGGAAAGCAAGUAACACUGUUUCAGCUUUGAGAAGAGUUUAAGGUGUCUCUCUGUUGUACAAUUGGGGAGAAUUUUGGUGGGGAUCUCUUCUUGUAAGCUGUGUUAUAUAUGUACUUGUAGAACAGCUAGGGUUACAGAAGCUGUUGUACUUUGUAUAGAAAGA